AUGUCUGGCCCUCCGCCCACGGCUCAGGAGGCCCCUGCCGCCUUGUCGUCGAUUCAGCACGGCACUCUCCAAGCCCCGCCAUCGCCACAGACGCAUCGCGCCUUGAGACGACUCCAGUCUGCUCAUGCAUUGGGCGCCAGAGCCGCCGCCCAGCAGCAGGCGUCUCUCAUCUCACAGCAGCGCCGAGAACAACAGCUGCCGCCGUCUCCGAGUCGAAAUCCUGUCGCAGGCUCGACAACGCGGACACGAGGUCGUGCCAAUAGCGAUGCCACACCACCGCCGCUGUACCAACCAACUGCCGCCUCAAACGCCCGACGGUCAGGUGUGAAGAAGCCCGUCUUUUCACACGGCCACUUGUCUCUGCAGCAGAUCAUUCGCGAUGGACCAAACGAUGGCGAUUUCAUAGGUGCGCUGGAAAGCGCCAGGUGGAAAGUCAUUGAUGAAGGCGUCAAAGCCGCAGAGGAUGGAAUGUCUCCAUUGAGGAUAUACGUAUGGCUCGUCCUUUUGGACGCCCCAAUCAUGUCUACAGACGAAUACCUAGCCCUCAUACAUCGUGGUGCUUCUCCAGCAUACGCCAAGAUCCGCAACGAUACCUUUCGCACGCUGACGACCGAUCCUCUCUUCCGACGCCGUGUUAGCGAGGCAAGCUUGAUUCGACUGCUGAAUGCUAUCGCCUGGCGCCUUCACGAUUCGAAAGAAGAUGAACGCCAGAGCAGCCGUCCUGGCAGCAGUCAUUCUUCUAUACCUCCGCGGGAUGGCGUUGUAGGCAGCCACUCUGGCCAAUCUCAAGCGAGAUCCGGUGCAGUCCUCGAGCCAGGCGUCUAUGUCCAAGGCAUGAAUGUUUUGGCUGCCCCUUUUCUAUAUGCCGCGCGAAGCGAAGCCGAAGCGUUUGUCGCUUUCCACUCUUUGUUGACUCGCGAGUGCCCUGGCUAUAUCCGUGGUGCCAUGGAUGGCGUGCAUCGCGGCCUUGCCUUGGUAGACAAAGUCUUGGCCAUUGUCGAUCCCAAACUUAGCAUGUAUCUCACGUCAAAGGGGCUCUCGGCCGAAAUCUAUGCCUUCCCCUCUGUACUAACACUCUGUGCAUGUACACCACCUCUACCCGAGGUGCUGCGCCUUUGGGAUUUUCUCUUUGCGUACGGACCGCAUCUUAAUAUUGUGUGCAUUGUAGCGCAACUUACUAUUAUGCGGUCGCAGAUCCUCCAAUCCCAGAGUCCAAACAAGCUUCUGCGAUCAUUUCCACAGCUAAAUGCCGACCUCGUCAAGAGCAUCACGAUCAGCAUCAUUAAGAAGAUACCGGACGAUGUUUACGAAGAGAUCGCCACGCAUGCCAUGUGA